AUGCUUCCUGAUCUUGUGUAUCGCAGCAACGACUAUUGGACCCGAUCGAACAGUGAUGUUGCAGCUGCUAGCUUAGCUGCCGCUCCAUGUGUGGCUAGUCUCAUCUUGUUGCUCUUCGCAGCUCGUGGCGUCAGAAAAAUCGUAAAAUCUCCUUACGGAACUCUUUGCAAACAUCAAAUGGCUACUCGAGCACUUUCUUCUUUGGUGAUUGCGAGUUUCUAUUUCGCUGUUAUGCUGUAAGUAUCCAAGGCAUGUAAUCCAUUACAGGGUGACCCAAAAAAACUGAAACAAACUUCGCUCAAUAAAACCUAUUCCGCAAUUUUUAAACUGAACAUUCUGAUCAUGAAUUAUACAUUCCAAUACCAUUAGCUAAAUAACUGUUAAAUUUGUUUUUGAAAUUCACGUGUUUCACGUGAUCCGCACUAGGGAAAAGAGUGAAAUUGAAAACGUUGUUUGGACGCACCUCUUCAGAAAUUGCAAACUUUGAGUUUCAGUGUCUUUAACUCUCUUCGGAGCUUUCAGAUAUCUUAUAUGUUUCAUGAAUCAAAUAGAGCAACUCUAGAGGAGCAUUUUUCACUAUACUUUUCUUAACUUUCGUUUCGAAUUACAUAUUUUACGAGUGGUUUUGUGAAACCGGUCGAAUUUUUCCGUUUUCAUGAAAUUUUGAUCUCUGACUGGCACCAAAAUCAAAACUUCGACUAUUCAUCUUCCAUCUUUGAUUUAUUAGAGCCCUAUCAUUGUUUUAAUGUAGAGCUAUGAGAUGCCAAAACUUUUCAACGCAAAAAAUUCGAAAAAACUGAAAAUGUGCUUUUUGGAAAUUGAUUUUCCAAUUUUCAGUGGUCUUUUAAAUCAGAAGUUGUGAACUUCGUUUAAGUUCAAUGGAAGAUAUGUUUUGUAUAAAAUUGAGUACUAGGGUUGUACUUAGUCCACCGAAGGCAUUUAAUGAAUAAUUUUCAAAAUUACGUCUGAACUGGACCCGACUUUGCAUUUAUGACAUGCGUCUUUUUGACCGUUUUUUUAAUCCUAGAUUUUCACGUCCUGCUCACGUCAAAAAGAAUAUAUAACAAAAUCAUCUUGGAUUUAGCUUUUAGGAGGUCUUAGAUAACCCAUGAGUAAGUCAUAUUAUAUUUUUCAAUCCUGCUCCCAAGUAAAAUUCAAAAAAACUUUGUUUCAUUUUUUUUGGGUCACCCUGUAAUAUUAAUUCACAGUAACAUUGAAUCUAUUCUCAAUUGCUCUCAAAUCUUCGGCCACGUUUUCAAAAUACUCCAAUUGAUAAAUACACUUUCGUACGUAACAACUUGUUUUGAAAGACACAUUUGCAUCGUAUAUCCAAAUUAUCAUAAAUGCCUUCUUACAACUAAUCUUCUUCGCAUUUAUCUUGGCUUAAGUUGGAUUUUUUCAGCCGUCUAUACAUUGUUUUUCAGUUUUUGUGGGUUUUUUUGCUAUUAGAUCUUGCUAUUCAAAUACAUCAUGACCAGGUUGAACCAUAAACUUCCAGAUCAAUGCGACUACCAAUUUUAUUACUAUGGAUGGGUUUUUACCGACACCAACUGCCCCAAUUUCCUCUUUGCCCCAUUUGUGUGGAUUCAAAUUAUUAUUGGUGUCAUCGCCUUUUACCUCAAUUCCAGAACUUUAUAUGUGAUUAAAAAUAACAAGGUAUGUAUAUAGACUUCUAACUCGAAAAAACCAAAAUUGUUCCUAUUCAGAAAAUCUUUGAAAAUGCCGACCCGCUCACUCUUAAACGCGAAAUCAAUUUUUCCAAACUUGUCGCCGCCCAAGGACUUGUUUUCAUGAUUUUUGGAAUUCUCUACCUUCUUGCCAAUCAAUUUUUUGCAAAUGAUUUGGGAGAAUGGGGAAUUUUUUGGACCUUCACGUUCUCUUACAGUAUCUUACAUCUUGUAGACAGGUAUUGAAAUAGAACUUGUUCAGAAAAACAAAAAAAAAAUGUUUUUUUUUCAGCGCGAUCAUGAUUUUCUACAACUAUGAUCUUAUGACUUGGAUCAAACCAAAAAAUAACAAAAUUUUUGUUUUUAUUGUAACUCCGCCAAGCACCGAUGAGUGA